GUGAAUUGGCCUGUGAAACCUAAUCCUUUCCUGGUAUGGUAAGCAGGUAUAUAACUUAACCAGCAACACCUACACCACCUUAUCCCCUCACCUUUCACUCACCAAUCCCCACCCUUACGGCGGCGCGUGCAUGGCCACCUCCCGCUCCACACUCCACUACUAUCUAGUCGACCACCCAACAAUCACCAACUUCGAGUGGAAACCAAACCAAACAUGGGGCGCCUCCCCUCUCUUCCUCUCCACAACCCUCUUCACCUACCUCCUCCUCACCUUCACCCUCCGGCGCGUGCCCCUCACCCCAGUCUCCCCCACCGUCCUCCGCCUCAUCUCCGCCGCCCACAACCUUUUUCUCCUCAUCCUUUCCCUCAUCAUGGCCGUCGGAUGCUCCCUCUCCACCCUCUCUCAAAUGCCCAACCACCGUUGGAUCUUCUGCUUCCCACCCAAUCACACCCCGCCACAUGGCCCUGUCUUCUUCUGGGCCCACAUCUUUUACUUCUCCAAACUUGUUGAAUUCAUUGACACUUUUCUCAUCAUAAUUUCCGGAAGUAAUAGACGGCUGUCGUUCCUCCACGUGUACCAUCAUUCAAUAGUGGUUGUCAUGUGUUAUGUGUGGCUUGCAACAUCCCAGUCACUGUUCCCUGUGGCGCUUGUUACCAAUGCCAGUGUUCAUGUGCUAAUGUACGCCUAUUAUUUGUUGUGUGCUAUCGGGUACCGGCCGUGGUGGAAGGUUAUGGUUACAAACUGUCAGAUUGUUCAGUUUGUGUUUAGCUUCUUGGUGUCGGGUUUGAUGUUGUUUUACCAUUUUACCGGGUCGGGUUGUUCUGGGUUUUAUGGUUGGUGUUUUAAUGCGGUUUUUAAUGCUUCUCUUUUGGCUCUUUUUGUUAACUUUCAUUUUAAGAAUUAUGCUAGAAAGGAUAAGGCGAAAGCGUUGUGAUUUUAUGGAAUAAGAGUUGUAAAAGAUAUUGUACGCCGGCUAAUGUGAAGGCACCCGGAUGAGGAAACUAUUAAUAAAUUUUUCAUGAUUGGUUAUAGAA